GGAGCAUUCCCCCACGCCUCGCCAGUUUACCCCGGCUUGAAUACUUGGACCUCGGGGCCAACGCUCUGACAGGCCCCAUCCCAGCCUUCUGCAAGGCCGGGCAACGGCUCACCUUCCUCAGUCUCGCCUACAACGCCCUCUCCGGCCCGCCCACCCCACUCUCCCCCCACUGCUCUGCCUCCCUCUCCUUCCUCUACCUCUCCUCCAACCGCCUCUCUGGCCCCAUCCCCGCUACGAUCAGCUCCUUUAAGCACCUAAGGCGCCUGCACCUCGACAAUAACGCUCUCACGGGAGCGAUCCCAGCCGGUCUUUCUGUUUCUGAACGUCCCCUUCCCUGUCUCUUCUUUUCCCCCUCUCGGCUUCCGUUCCAUCGUUUUACCAUUCCCUUUAUUACUCGACCUGGUGCUAGACAGCUGCAGCAAGAAAUUGAUCCUCCUUCCCCCCUCUCCUCUCUCACUUCCCUCUCUCACUCUCCUCCCUCCCUCUCCUCUCUCUCUACCCUCCCUCACUGUCCCUGCUCACUCUCCUCCAUCACCCUCCUUCUUUACUCUCCUCCAUCCCUACUCUCCUUCCCUCACCUUCCUCCCUCACUCUCCUCCCCCCUUACUCUCCCUCCCUCACUUUUUGUCUCCUGUCCUUCUCUCCAACCACCAUUCGCAUCCAUUGCGCUCACCUGA